CGGGUAACGACAGAAAGAUAGUUGCCUCAAUACUCCAUCAUGCUUUUGUCUAACAGCUCUGCACCGCGUUCCUCACUUGCCACGUCUCUGCGACAGUCAUGAUAUAUGGCUUACUCGCUCUGCGACGAGCACCCGCCCACAAAGUUGCGUCGCAGCUAGCACGCCCGCCCUUCGCCUUUGUGUGGUCACCACAACCUGCCCUUGUGCGCCGCAUACAGUCGCAAGCAUGGGAGCCUCUUCGCCCACCAAAUCCCGCCGAUCUUCCUAAGCCUCGAAAUCGAAAAGUCAAGCCACCAUUCACAAAGCGAAGAUGGGUGCGUCGCCUUGCUGCCGUCACUGCGCUUGUUGGUGUUGGCUACGCCAUCGACAGACAGUUCUACGCUUCUUCCUUGACAAGAUCACUGCGUACGUUCAAGACUGGUCUUGUUAUCGGCCUCGACUACAAGAUCAACUUCCGUGCGCACCCUCCAUUCGCGAACAGCGUCGAGGACGUGCACAAUCGCAAUGCUGAGCGCAUCUUUAACCUGCUUCGGUACAAUGGAGGUCUCUACCUGAAGAUCGGCCAAGCGAUUGCCAUGCAGAGUGCCAUUCUGCCGCCGUCGUUCCAGAAGAUGUUCGCAAAGAUGUUCGACGACGCGCCGCAGAACGAUUGGUGGGAGGUCGAGAAGGUGGUCAGGGAAGACUUCGGGAAAAGUGUCGAGGAAGUGUUUGGCGUGAGUUUCUCGCACGAUCAGACACCAGGCAAGGGCGUGAUGGAAAAGACUGCGCGAGCUAGCGCCAGUGUUGCGCAAGUCCACUGGGCACGUCUCGCAGACGGGCGAGAAGUCGCAAUCAAGAUCCAGAAGCGUGAGAUUGCAUCACAAGUUGGCUGGGAUCUGUGGGCCUUCAAAGUCGUCGCCAAGGUGUACACAUGGUGGUUCGAGAUCCCGGUAUACACCCUUGUACCCUACAUCUCCGAGCGGCUGAUGCUCGAAACCGAUUUCGAGAACGAAGCCAACAACGGCGAGGAAAUGCGGUGUCUCGUUGCAGGCGAGCCACGACUCAACGGCCGCGUCUACAUCCCCCGGGUCUACCGCGAGCUCUCCUCCAAGCGCGUCAUGACUGCUGAAUGGAUUGAAGGCGUGCGCCUCUGGGAUAAAGAGGGCAUCACAAACAAAUGGCACGGAGGCUGGCGCCGUGGCUCCCCAGGCGCAGGAGGCGUGCAGCUCCCUCCCAUCCCCUCCAACGCAUCCUACGACCCCGACGUGCCCGCCGACGCGCCCAAGAACGAAAUCAUAAAGCCUAGCCGCAAGUCAUGGAAGGGCAAGGACAGCAAGGGCGGAUUGGGAGUCAGUCUCAAAACGACAAUGAACACCAUCGUCGACCUCUUCAGCGCACAGAUGUUCCUCUGGGGGCUAGUGCACUGCGAUCCGCAUCCCGGCAACAUCUUCGUCCGGCGCCUACCCAGCGGGCAACCAGAAGUCGUCCUCAUCGACCACGGAUUGUACAUCCGCAUGAACCCCCAAUUCCGCCAUCAAUACGCGCUGUUCUGGAAGAGUCUGCUCGCAUUCGAUAACAACACCAUCUCCGACAUCGUGACCUCCUGGGGCGUCAAUAACCCCGAUAUCUUCGCUUCGGCGACGCUGAUGCGCCCGUACCAAGGUGGCGACAAGAAGGUCAUUGAGGAGAUCAAGAAGGGCGUCCGUGGCAAGGACGCGGCAGAGAGAGCAUACGAUAUGCAGGUCAAGGGCCGCGAUGCUAUCAAGAGUAUUCUCGGGGAUAGUAAGAAGUGGCCCCAGGAGUUGAUUUUCAUCGGCCGCAAUCUGAGGAUCGUGCAGGGGAAUAAUCAGUUUCUGGGCAGCCCGGUGAACCGGGUCAAGAUUACGGGCAUGUGGGCGUCCAGGGCGCUGGCGGAGAGUAAAGAGUUGAGCACGGGGGAGCGGUGGAAGAACUGGGUUAAGCAUCUCAGGUUUAGAAUUGUGCUGUUGCUCAGCGAUGGUGUGUUCUUGUGGGCGAGGGUCAAGCAGGCUUUUGGUGCGGAGAGGGGUUUGGAAGAUAUCCUGGAAGACCAGAUGAAGACUAUGGCGAAGGACUUCGGUGUCGAGCUCAACCACGGAGUGUUCGAAGGAUAGAAAGGACCGCGAUGCAUGAUAUGUAUGUUUGCAGGUUUUCAGAGGGCUGUAGAUCAUGAAUGGACCCGUUCCUCCUUUGCAAGUAAGUCUCUACGUCUGUGUCAAAUAUCAUGAUAUAAGUAGCUGUAUCCGCAGUAGUUGUAGC